CCGCGGACGCUGUGGAUCGUGGGCGGCUGCUGAGCUACGAGAGCUUCGUCUCGAAUCCGGCUUGCCACAGACUCGUAGUCCAUAAUGGAUAGUUUGCUAUGCAUACCUAAGGUAAUGAUGACUGAGCUAUGGUACCUUAUUUAUUGUUCCUUUGACUAUCCACCACAAGUCUUCGAAGCUAUGUCAUACCUCUAAUUCGCAAGUCCUGUUUGCUGCAUCUUUUCGAGAAUUCCUAUUUGCAGUACCGUUCCUCCCGCCGCAUCUCAGUCGGUUCUAAUCAUUUUAAAGUCUCAAUUGACCCCGGUUGCUUCGUUGCUCGCCAUGGAGCGUCGCCAAAGCGAUGCCUCGGGAGCCGCCCAUCUCCUUCCACGCAAUCUUCGUCCUCAUGAUCACUGGCCGCCUCACACCGAUGAAACCACUCCUCUCCUCCCUCCCACUGACUCCUCAGAUGAUGACAAGGACACAACAACAUGGAGGUCCGUCCUUCACGAGCUCUGGGUGCUCUUCAAUGGUUCCCUCCCCGUCAUUCUCGCCUACGCCCUCCAAAACAGCCUACAGACCAUCUCCGUCCUGAUUGUGGGGCGCCUCUCCCCAGAAGCGCUCGCCACUGCGGCAUUUGCUUAUAUGUUCGCCAUGGCGACGGGGUGGCUGAUCGCAUUAGGAGGGACGACGGCGAUCGAUACCAUUGCGAGCGCGAGCUUCACCGGGAGCAGCGAUCCAAAGGAUCUAGGGAUUAUUCUGCAGCGAGCCCUGCUCGUGUUGACCUUGUUUUAUGUCCCUGUUGUCAUACUCUGGGGGUUCUCCGAGUCGAUAUUCUUGGCCUUAGGUCAGGAGGAUUAUAUCGCGCGAGACUCGGCGAGGUUUUUGCUGGUGUUGGCCCCGGGUGGAUUAGGAUAUAUCUAUUUCGAGUGCAUGAAAAAGUACUUGCAGGCGCAGGAAAUCAUGCGACCUGGAACAUAUGUUCUCCUAAUCACCUCUCCCUUAUCUGCCGCCCUCAAUUACCUCUUCAUAUAUCGUUUUAAACUCGGUCUCCUAGGCGCCCCCUUUGCAACCGGCAUUGCCUACUGGGUGUCCUUCAUCCUCCUUGUCCUAUACACACGCUUCUUCUCCGGAUCCAAUGCUUGGGGUGGCUUCAACAAGGCCGCAUUAGAUAUCGGUCGACUCAAAACCUUCGCUCGCCUUGCCUUCCUUGGCAUUAUCCAUGUCGGGACGGAAUGGUGGGCAUUCGAAGUCGUGGCGAUCGUCGCCGGCCAACUUGGCACCAUCCCGCUCGCCGCGCAGUCAGUGAUCAUGACCACCGACCAAGUCCUCAACACCAUCCCCUUUGGCAUCGGUGUUGCUGCUAGCUCUCGCGUCGGGAACUUGCUCGGGCGGCGCGAUGCGAAGGGCGCCGCACUAGCGGCCAACACCGCCGCAUGGCUCAGUAUGAUCCUCGGCGCCAUCGUGCUCGCUGGGCUGAUGGGCGUCAAGGACUUCUACGCGCGGAUCUUCAACGAUGACGAAAGGGUAGUCCGGCUGACUGCCGAGGUCAUGCCAUAUGUCGCCCUGUUCCAGAUCGCGGAUGGGUUAAACGGAUCGUGUGGUGGGGCGCUCAGGGGAAUGGGAAGGCAACAUGUCGGUGCGGCGGUGAAUCUCCUCAGCUAUUACUGUGGAGCGUUGCCCCUGGGGAUCUAUCUGGCCUUCCAUGGCUGGGGACUGGGUGGGCUAUGGGUCGGCCAGUGCAUCGCUUUGUACUUGGUGGGAGCACUGGAAUGGGUGAUCGUUGCAUGGAGUAACUGGGAAAAGGAGGUGGUCAAAGCAUUGGGGAGGUUGGAUCAUGAUCCAUUGGGGGUUGAUAGCGCAAUUGCCGAAGAGGACGAACGAUUAGAUCCGGAGUCCGGGGUAAACGGACAUGCUUGAGAAGUAAGAUGGCAAUAUCUAUGGUACUCCAUAUAUCGGAUCUUAUGUGUUACGAACUAUGAGCUAUAGAUAAAUUAGAGAAUCGAGCUUUCCUUGAUAUCCAUGAAGGCUCUCCAGAGG